AAGAUUGGCCGGCGACGAUAACAAUUAACAAAGGUUUUCUAGUUUAAGGAUAAGAAUCAGUGACUAAUGACUCAUUGACUACUCAUUCCCACUUGAUUAAAUUCAAUUGCAUCACUCUACCAGCAGCGUAUGAUCAUUCCGUGACUCUAUUUUCUUCUUUCGGAAACGCCAAUUCCAACUUUCUUCAAUGGCAUUUUGCCGAAGCUCCCUUCUCCUGCGCAAGGCCCGCGGGGCAGCCCUGCGCUUUUCCUGCAGCUCUCGGAUGGAGGGUUCCCUCACUUGCUCCGAUCGCCGGAGAUGGUAUUCUAGCUCGGAAGGUACAACCAUGACUGCGUCGGGGUACCACGUGGGCAGCGGGCCCUCCCACAUGAAGGGGGCGGUGUUCUGGGAGACGAAUAAGCCCGUCACUUUCGAAGAUUUUGAGAUGCCCCGCCCUAAGGUCAAUGAAGUCCUCGUCAAAACUAAGGCCUGUGGGGUCUGCCACUCCGAUCUGCAUGUGAUGAAAGGCGAGAUUCCCUUUCCCACGCCCUGUGUUGUAGGACAUGAGAUUACUGGUGAGGUGGUUGAACAUGGGCCUCUGAGUGACAGUAAAAUCAUUGAAAGAUUUCCUGUUGGCUCUCAAGUUGUUGGGGCUUUUAUAAUGCCUUGUGGAAGUUGUUUCUUCUGCUCAAAGGGUCAAGAUGACUUAUGUGAGUCUUUCUUUGCUCAUAAUCGAGCGAAAGGGACACUUUAUGAUGGUGAAACAAGGCUAUUUCUUCGAGGCAGUGGCAAGCCAGUCUAUAUGUACAGCAUGGGAGGUCUUGCUGAGUAUUGUGUGGUACCAGCACAUGGAUUAACUUCUCUUCCGAACACAUUGCCUUACACUGAAUCUGCUGUCCUAGGAUGUGCAGUUUUCACUGCCUAUGGUGCAAUGGCUCAUGCUGCUCAGGUGCGCCCUGGCGAUUCUGUUGCUGUGAUUGGCAUAGGGGGCGUUGGCUCUAGUUGUCUGCAGAUAGCAAAGGCAUUUGGAGCUUCUGAUAUUAUUGCAGUGGAUGUUCAAGAAGAGAAACUUCAGAAGGCCAAGAUGUUUGGAGCCACUCACGCCAUAAAUUCACGAAAAGAGGAUGCUGUUGCUAAGAUUAAGGAAAUUACAGGAGGAAGGGGAGUCGACGUAGCUGUGGAAGCCUUAGGAAGGUCCCAAACAUUUUCACAAUGUGUACAAAGUGUGCAGGAUGGAGGCAAAGCUGUAAUGAUUGGCCUAACUCUUGCUGGUUCCAAAGGAGAGGUUGACAUUAACCAUUUGGUUCGUAAACAGAUAAAAGUGAUAGGGUCCUACGGAGGGCGGGCGCGACAAGAUCUCCCAAAAUUGGUGAAACUGGCAGAGAAAGGCACGUUUAAUCUGCAGGCUGCUGUUUCAAGGAAGUACAAGUUUGAGGAGGUGGAGGAGGCAUAUAAAAACCUAGAUCAGGGAAGCAUCGUCGGCCGUGGUGUGGUCGAGAUUAUGUAAUUACCAGUGUGGCAGUGAGCCUUGUUCGAGCCGCUGAACUUGUAAGAACUAAUAAAAAUGAUCUCAUCUAAUGUUUGAGGUUGUGUUAA